UGGUUUCCUCCUGUACUGAUUGAAGUACAACAUACGGUUGAUGACGAUUUUAUUUUGAGGCUUAUGGAUUACUCCAUUUCUGUUUACCGUCAACAUAAAAAAGCCCACCCCAUCAUCAUCACCUUUGUUAUUUCUUCCAUGAAGUACGAAGUUUCAAAAAAAGUCAGACAAAACAAAAAACUGCCUUUUUUGUUACGUUAUCCUUGCCACCCUUGGGCACAAGCCUGUUACUUUGUGAGCGAAAGCUCAUUGCAAUCAAGCUCGAAGUUGCCUCUGACUCCUUUUGUUGCUUCGUCUAACUUUCUUAUUGGUCAGCACCCUUCGCUUUUGGCAAACCCUUUUUCGACCGAUUCUACCAUCCGACUGUGA